AUGAUCUGGGAAAUGGGUGAAGGCGCCCAGAAUGCUGAGCAUUCUAGCUCACCUUUUCAAGUCGAUAUUGAUGAGGCAGUUGAGUUGUCUAAUGGUGUUGGGAACACGAAAUCCUCUCCUUGGACUCUGAGCAUGAUUUGCUUGGACGGUUGCUUGUUUAUUGGAUACCUCUGCGCAACAGCGAACGGCCUCGAUGGUGCUGUCAUGGGUGGAAUCAAUGCUAUGACUUCUUACCAGGACUAUUUUCAUGUGAGCCCCUCCACUUUGCGUGUCGUUGGGUUCGCUUGA